AAAAUAGUUUUCAAUGGAAAAUUCAUCAAUUGGAAAGUUGAAACUCAUAACCAAAGCAACAAGACAGAAUUUUCUUCUUCUACAACAAAAAAGAUGGAAGGAGAAUACAGAGGAGGAGGAGGAGAAAUUGAAUCAAUAAUAAUAUCUGAGCAAGUGAAAAUCAAUGGAAUAUUAACACCAUUAACUUUAUCAGCUGAUGGGAAACUUAGAUGGACAGAAAGAGGUGAAAAGUGCUUAACAGUUGAAAAACAAGUGCUUGGGUUUUCUACUGAAGGGUCUUUCAUCAAAAUUAAAGCUUUUCUAGAGAGAGAAACUGGGGUUUAUUGUGGUGUUGGUGGUGCUGGAAUUAGAGGGAUUAGACUUAGAAAGGAUUUUCUUUUUGAACCAAUUUCUGAAGAAUCUAAGACAAGUUUGUGCCAGAAACUUCAAGAAUGCAUUGAUUCUUAUGACAGGCCAAAACGGUUGUUUAUUAUUGUGAAUCCUUAUGGGGGAAAGAAAUCUGCCUCUAAGAUAUUUGACGAAGAAGUUAAGCCUCUACUAGAGGCUGCUGAUAUCCAAUAUACAGUACAAGAAACUCAGUACCGGCUUCAUGCAAAAGAAGUAUCUCAUACGCUGGAUCUCACGAAAUAUGAUGGGAUUGUAUGUGUCAGCGGAGAUGGUGUCUUGGUUGAGGUAGUAAAUGGGUUGCUCCAAAGGGAGGACUGGGCUUCUGCAAUUAAAAUGCCUCUUGGAAUUGUUUCAGCAGGUACUGGUAAUGGCAUGGUGAAGUCACUAUUGGAUGAAAUUGAUGAGCCAUGUUCGGUAUCUAAUGCGAUGCUUGCAAUUAUCCGAGGCCAUAAAUGUUCCCUGGAUGUUGCAACUGUACUUCAAGGGAAGACCAGGUUUUUCAGCGUCUUGAUGCUUGCUUGGGGUCUUGUGGCCGAUAUUGAUAUUGAAUCUGAGAAAUAUAGGUGGAUGGGAAGUGCUCGCCUAGAUUUCUAUGGGCUUCUGAGAGUGAUACGUUUAAGAAAAUAUAACGGGCGUGUCUCUUUUGUGCCUGCACCUGGUUAUGAAACUUUCGGUGAAAAGAGCAGCUUUCAUUCUCUCCACCAAAACCAAGCAGAUGACUUAAAAGUUGCAGAGAAUUGUUAUCUAGGACCUGAGAUUUGUAUGGAAGAUUUGGAAUGGAGAAGUCUUGAUGGACCAUUUGUUUCUGUUUGGCUCCAUAAUGUUCCAUGGGGAAGUGAAGACACUUGUGCAGCUCCCAGCGCUAAGUUUUCAGAUGGUUACUUGGAUUUGAUCAUAAUGAGAGACUGUUCGAAAUCAUCGUUAUUAACUGUGAUGACAAAACUGAAUGAUGGAAGCCAUGUGAAAUCACCACAUGUCUUUUACCUCAAGGUGAAAGCAUUCGUUUUAGAGCCAGGUCAGCGAGCAGAUGAUCCAUCUAAAGGGGGUAUUAUAGACUCGGACGGGGAAGUGCUUGCUAGGGGGCAAGGAGCUUACAAAUACGAGAAUAAAGAUUUGAUGACAUAUGGUCCACUGCAGAUCACUGUUGAUCAAGGUUUAGCUACACUUUUCUCACCUAGAUUAUGAUGCAACGCUUAGGAAAAUAUUCUUUGUUUUAUAAGCAAGAGUUCGCUUAUUUGUUUUAUCUUUUCAAACUUUGUCAUUUGUGUGCAUACAUACGUCAAAGAAAACAUUAGGUUGAAAUAACAAAGACAUUGUAUUUAUGUUGUGCAAUAGAAGUAUUUUGGUUGUAGAAAGCAA